CUCCAACCUAAACCAAACGAGUCCACCCGCAAAUAUACCAACAAAAACUCAGUGAAUGCAUUUAGAGGAACACGGGGUACGAUGAAUAGUGGCUCCGACAUCUUAUCAAAGUUAGCUCUAAACUUCUCCUCUUCCGAGGUCUUUUUCCGGCGUGAAGAUGGAGUCGUUUGCUAUUGCUGUGCCACCGUAUGUGCACUUGUCUUCAUUCUCCUCUGCCAAAUUCUCCGGAAAGUUCGAUUCUUUCGUCAUGCUUCUUCUUCUUCUUCUCUUGCGGUAUCAGCUUCUCAAUCUCUGAGCUCUCAAUCAAGAAUCUCUACACUUGUUUCUGAUGAAGAUCUCAAAGACCUGAUUGAAAAACUUGGGGAGAGAAAUGAGGAUGCUGAGAUUUGGGAAGAUGUUAUUCAGAAAAGCAACCCUCGUGUGUCAUACACUGCCAAAUGCUGCAAACCACAAGAUGGUGGUCCUAUGAAGUACUUAAGUACCACUGUAUUUGAGAACUGCUCGCCAGAGGUUUUGAGGGAUUUUUACAUGGACAAUGAAUACAGGAAACAAUGGGAUAAAACUGUGGUUGAGCACGAGCAGUUGCAGGUUGAUAGUAGUAGCGGAAUCGAGAUUGGUCGUACGAUAAAGAAGUUUCCUUUGUUGACACCAAGGGAGUAUGUCUUAGCUUGGAGAUUGUGGGAGGGGAAAGAUAAGUUUUUUUGUUUCAUCAAGGAAUGUGAUCACAAUAUGGUGCCGCGGCAGAGGAAGUAUGUACGUGUAAGUUAUUUCAGAUCUGGCUGGCGAAUCAGGAAAGUUCCUGGUAGGGAUGCUUGUGAGAUCCACAUGUUUCACCAGGAAGAUGCUGGAUUAAACGUUGAGAUGGCAAAGCUUGCUUUCUCAAGAGGCAUAUGGAGUUACGUUUGUAAGAUGGAAAGUGCGCUUCGUAAGUAUAUUGCAACCAGUCAUAGACCCCAAGGCCCUACUGUAUCUGCUGUCAGCUUAAUGAAAAAGGUUCCAGCAGAGUUAGAGAAUCAGACAGAUGACAACACAAACGCCUCGGGAACUAUGCACACAGGUGAAGGGGCUAAAAGGAAUAAACUGUUGAGAAAGCCUUCAAAGAAACAGAUAGCAAAGGGUGUGUUGCUUGUGGGCGGUGCAGUUGGUAGUGCAGUUUGUCUGUCUCGUGGUCACUCUGCCUUAGGUGCAAAAGUUGCAUUGGCUUACUUCUUGACAAAGCUGAGAAAGCGUGGAGCUCAGCAGAGUCAGACUUCCCAGAACGCUGGUAUUUAACUCAUGUAUAGAUUAUGUUUGAUGAAACAUAUGUGGUUCCUAAGAUUUUGUUGUAGGAGAGUUGUUUGUAGAAGCGAUUGACGUGUGAAUACUUUCAUAUAGAAAAGUUAUAAUGGCUCUGACCACAUGAGCUCUGUCUUCAAAGUUUUGUGCACCUCUCCUGGAAAACGCAAGCCGUUUCUGUUUCACAUGUGUGCUUGAAUAUACGUUGAAAAGUACAAUUUAUGUGAAAACUUUUCUUGCAUUCCCUGCUGGUAUCUUAUUAUCCUAUACUUAAUAUUGUAAAUGAGUUGUAUACGUGUAUGUCAAUUUGUAUAGGAUACACGAGUUGUAUAGAGUACACGAGUCUGUAUAGAGUAUAAAUACUAUGUAUUGUACAUUCAGUUGAGUUAAAGAGAAUGA